GCCGUGGUCGAUUCGUAUCCGGCGAAGAUAAAAGAUGAGGUGCGAGGUAGUCAGAAAGAUAACAGCUGUACCAGUACUACGGAGGUGCUGGUGGAUAAGAUGGGGAUGACACCUGUGCGACAGCGUUCGGUGUCGAAGCAGAACCUUGCUCUCAACAUCUUCACAGCAGGCAAGAAGGACGCGGCUACUUCUGGUUCACGGAGCCCGUCCAAAGUUCUACCCAAUGGCACUAUUACCAGAGCCGUGCAAAUCAAUCAGGGUGGUGGUGGCGACGCGGGAGCUCCUGCAACAGCAGCCAGGACCAAAGGGCAGCAGCAACUGAAGCUAGGACGGUCUGCGAGUCCAGUCAAACCGGGUUCGAGUCCAGGCAAACCGGGGUCGAGUCCAGCCAAGCCUGGCAGUCGUAUAGGAAGUCCGAUGCUGAUGAAGACGAGAGGCGGCGGUCCAACGGCUGUCCCAGACCUCUACGUGGAAUUGCAACGACGGCAGCAACCUGAAAAUUCGACGUCUCAAUCUCUGCACACUCUGACGGAUGCUGCAAGUACCCUAUCCUCGACAACCGAAGAUAUCGAUGGUGCACCACGACCGCAAGGUCGCACCACCACGACCUCAUUCGUCGUGCAUAGCGAAAAUACUACAGAACAAGGUCCCCUGUCGAGUAAUGCCAUGACUUUGGUAUCGUUUUCGCAGCAAGGGGAAGGAGC